CUUAUUAGUAUGUAAGACUAUUUUAUAGUAAACCCGCUUUCUGACAUCACCCGUGUCGAUCCCAAACCCGCGCGCACUAUACUUGUAGUACACACGCGGCGACCCCGCAGACAGCACGCCAUCCAUCACUGCUAUGGCGCGUCAGCGCGCGCCGCGGGCUUACUCUUGUGCAAUCGCUCACCAUCGCGGCGGAGGGGCUCUGGGGGGUGGGAGAUUGGUUAGGGGAUUGUAGGGAGGGAGGGGGUAUGUAGGGGCUAUGUAGGGAGGGGGAUAUAAAGAGGGGGGUUGCUCGGGGAAGUGUAGAGAUUGAAGUGUAGAAUUUGAAGUUCGAAGUUUGAAGUUUGAAGUGCAGACUGAAUACAUCUGGAUUGAGAAUGGCAGCUAAUGGACACGCGGAUGGAAGCGCAACGGAGGAGGUGUUUACGCCGCCGACGCCGCAUGAGUUGAAUACGGAUCCGGGGCGCGUUGCGUUUGCGUAUGUGCCUUUCUUCUCCCCUUUCCGCCCCCCCCCCCCCUCGUGGUCGACGCCCCUAACGCAUCGCAGCUACUGGGUCCCCAACGUCUCCGGCGGGCUGGUAAUCUCCAAGAUCCCACAGCGCACGUCCUGGGACCUCGCGUCCAACGUACGCUACGCGCAAACCGCCGAAGCCGUCGGCUUCGAGUACGCGCUCACGCAGAUCCGCUUCACGGCGUCCUACGGCGCCGCCAACCAGCACGAAUCCGUGACCUUCUCGCAAGCGCUGCUGCACCGCACCGAGCGGCUGAAGCUCAUCGCCGCGAUCCUGCCCGGGCCCUGGAACCCCACCGUGGCGGCGAAGCAGAUUGCUAGUAUUGACCACUACACGCAGGGACGUAUUGUGGUGAACAUCGUGUCCGGGUGGUUCAAGGGCGAGUUCACGGCGGUCGGGCAGUGGUGGCUGGAGCACGCGGAGCGGUACCGGCGCAGCCGCGAGUUCAUCGAGGCGCUGCGGGGGAUCUGGACGGCGGGCGACGGCGGGUUCACGUACGGGGGCGACUUCUACCAGUACCGGGGUUACCGGCUGAGUCCGCAGCCGCUGAGGUGGGAGGGCCGGCCGCACCCGGAGAUUUUCCAGGGCGGGAAUAGCGAUGAUGCGCGCGAUAAUGGGGCGCAGGUCAGUGAUUGGUAUUUCAUGAAUGGGAAUGAUCUCGAGGGCUUCCGGGCGCAGAUUCUGGAUGUCAAGGAAAGGGCGAGGAAGGUGGGGCGCGAGCAGCAUGUGAGGUUUGCGGUGAAUUCGUUUGUGAUUCUGAGGGAGACGGAGGAGGAGGCGAUCCAGGUGCUGAAGGAGAUCCAGGGCAAGGCUGACACGGAGGCUGUCGAGGCGUUCCGUGACGCGGUGCAGCAGGCGGGUGCCAGCACGGGGAACAAGAAGGGGAUGUGGGCGGACUCGAAGGUGGAGGAUCUGGUGCAGUACAACGACGGGUUCAAGACGAAGCUGAUUGGAACGAAGGAGCAGAUUGCCGAUCGCAUUCUGCUGCUGAAGAGCCUGGGUGUCAAUCUGGUGCUGUCGGCGUUCCUGCACUACGAGGACGACAUCGAGGCGUACGGGCGAGAAGUGCUGCCGCUGGUGAGGAAACUGGAGGCGGAAGGCCGAGGCAAGGACGCCGAAGACGAGAUCCGGAGAACUGGCGAUAUCUACCGAAAGUAGAGUGUAGUAUGGAUUUUGAUAUAUAGUGCCGCGCAAAGUUGGUCAACUCUCAUUCACGGGCCAGCCAGCUUUCCACUCGUCCUCUGGAAUAGUGGUUCGUGACUUGCGGCAUCAGGGCAUCGUUGAUGGUGUCGAGGUUCUGCUGCUGCUGGGGCAAUUUGCCUUUAUUUGUAGGUGCCUUCUGCUCGGCACCUCUCGAGCCUGCCCACAUGUUCCCAGCGGGUGCGGCAGCGGCGGAUGGCCAUUUCUCCUUCACGAUGCGGCCACAGCUCAGCAGCGAGCCGCACAUGGUGUGAGAUGUGGGGAAUGCAAGUUCGUAUUGUCAAGGUCUCGCAUGUACACAGAUACAAGCCCAGUAACAACAACGAUAUGGUGUGGUGUAGGAGCGCAGGAGUGGAGCACCAAUAUCUGGUCUUCUGAUGCUGGUGCUGAGUAAGGAAGCGAGGUAUGACGUCGAGCACGAAGAUCAAAAUCGAAACUCUGCGUGUG